UACACACCCCACCACCUAACCUUUUAUCUUAUAUAAACCAUGGAAUCUAACAACCACACUCUGCGUUUGGUCACAGCAAUGGCAACCACCCACUACACGGCGGAGCAAGCCUCUGCCACCGUCGACUCCGUGGUUUCGUCGCCGCGAUCGGACAGCCUGUCCGUCGGUGGAUACGACGAUACCACGGCGCAAGCACGUGUCCGAUUCAUGUGCAGUUUUGGUGGGAAGAUAUUACCACGUCCUCAUGAUAACCAACUCCGGUAUGUUGGUGGCGACACCCGCAUCGUCACCGUACUCCGCCACAGCACCACCUAUGCCUCCCUUCUCAGUAAACUAUCCAAGCUUUCUGGUACAACCGAUAUAUGCGUAAAGUACCAGUUACCAAACGAAGACUUGGACGCCUUGAUCACCGUCACGAGUGAUGAGGACGUGGAAAACAUGAUGGACGAGUAUGAUCGCUUGGCUCACAACAACAAAACGGCUCGGCUUCGGAUCUUCUUGUUUCCAACAGACCAGUCACUCUCACGAGCCAGCAGCAUCAGCUCGCUGCUAGACGGCUCCGUUAAGCGCGAACACUGGUUUCUCGACGCGCUUAACGGGGGCGCCAGCCUGGAUCGUGGGCGAUCCGAAGUCUCAUCAAUGUUGUCAGAAGUACCCGAUUAUUUAUUCGGGUUGGACCACCCGGAUGACCCGAAACCCAAAACAAAACCCGCGGUUAAUGAUAAUGUUUCGGUUUCGGAUCCUGGGUCGCCCGCUCCACGGAUGUCUCCGUAUUGCUCGACUUCAUCAUCAUUGGGCCCCACGGUAACUGCCCCGGUCCCGAACCUCCGACCCGUUAAAACUAAACUGGAUAACCCGGCCCCGGUUGUUAGCGAACCGAAAGAAACAGUUACUGAACGUUUUGCCGAGGCUAAUGACCCGAUAAUUAUGAAACAAACGGAUUAUACGGGUCAGCACGUGUAUUAUAUACGGAGGACGUCAUCACCAUCACCAGCCCCGGUUCAAGAGAUGCCGGUUUAUUAUAUGCAUCCCCCGGGUUCAAUGCCUCAAGAAAAUAUUCCGGUUCAACCGAUGCAGAUACGGGCCCAAUAUGGUCAACAGUUUAUGGCGCCUCCGGGUCACAUGCUUCACCCUCAAGUAUCGAAUAUGGGCCAAAUGUACCCCGGAAUGAGGCCCGCUUCGGGUGGGGAGGCAUAUGAUAUGCCGGGUAGAAGUGGCGGUGGGCCGGUCCAGCCCGCUUAUUAUGGGCCAAGAUAUGUUGGAGUUCCGGGUUAUCCUGGACCUCCUGGUAUGGUUAUGCAAGGCGCGGAAGAAAUGAAGCAACCCGGGCCUGAAGGAAAAAUGGGCCGGGCUCCACAAUGAUGAAUAAAUGGGUAUUUCUAUAUGGGCUUAUGUUUGAUAUGUUUCUGGUAUAAGUAUUAUUUUUUUGUUUUAUUUCUUUGUUGACUUUUAGUAGGUCAAAUUCAUGGAGAUGUUUGCUACAUAAACUCUAUGUAUAUUUGAUUGUGAAUUGUAAAACAGCUAUUUGUAAGAGGCCUAUGUUGAAUAUUUCUAAUUCAAAAGGCCAACUUUAUUUAAUAUGUAUAUAUAUUUUUAUAAUAUUACAGUUU